CUAGACAUGCUUUGUCAAACUAUUCGUAGCUGAUAAUACCAACUCAUCUUUCUCCAAUGCAUUUCAUACCAUGCAUGAUCAUGAUGAAUUUCAUCAACUUUUUUACACAUACACUGUCACACAUGCACUUUCAGAGAUCAUGUGAAAUGAUAGAAAUAGUAGCAUAUAGCUUCCCCAUGCAGUGUUAUUCUCUCACAUGAAACCUUUCUCUCUUCUGCUAAAACACACAUUCUCACAAUCCAAGAACAACCACCACCAACGCUUCCCCAACCUAAAUUAAUUUUCACUUGUCUUCAUGCAUGUUCUAUUUAUUAACAACAGUUUGAAACUACUAAAGGAUUGAAAACUUGUAAGCAAUCCUCACCCCUCACUCACUCACUCAUUCACCCCCAAAUGAAAGAAGAAACAAUGAGAAUUUCAACGCUUGCAAUUGUGAUCCUUUUGUUCUUUUCUUUUGCACUACUACUUUGUCAUGGCAAUGAGAGCACUAUGAGAGUGCUUUUGGAAGUAAAAACAUCGUUCACUGAAGACCCAGAAAAUGUUCUAAGUGAUUGGUCAGUGAACAACACAGAUUACUGUAGUUGGAGAGGGGUGUCAUGUGGGUCAAAAUCCAAACCUUUGGAUCAUGAUGACUCGGUGGUGGGACUCAACCUGUCCGAGUUAUCACUCAGUGGGUCAAUAUCACCCUCACUCGGCCGUUUGAAAAACCUAAUCCACCUUGAUCUCUCUUCUAACCGCCUCAGUGGUCCCAUUCCACCAACCCUCUCCAACCUCACUUCGUUGGAAUCUCUCUUACUCCACUCUAACCAACUCACGGGUCACAUCCCCACCGAGUUCGACUCGCUGAUGAGUCUCCGAGUCCUGCGAAUCGGUAACAACAAACUCACUGGCCCGAUUCCCGCGUCAUUUGGGUUUAUGGUCAACCUCGAGUACAUUGGCUUAGCCUCAUGCAGACUCGCCGGUCCGAUUCCGUCCGAACUCGGUCGACUCAGUUUGUUGCAAUAUCUGAUUCUGCAGGAAAACGAGUUGACUGGGCGGAUUCCGCCCGAAUUGGGGUACUGCUGGAGCCUUCAAGUCUUCUCCGCCGCUGGCAACAGACUCAAUGACUCGAUCCCGAGUACACUGAGUCGACUCGAUAAGCUUCAAACUCUCAACCUUGCCAACAACAGCUUAACCGGGUCGAUUCCGAGUCAACUCGGCGAGCUAAGUCAACUUCGAUAUAUGAAUGUCAUGGGGAACAAGCUCGAGGGUCGUAUUCCACCUUCUUUGGCUCAAUUGGGUAACCUUCAAAAUCUUGACUUGUCAAGGAAUUUGCUCAGUGGGGAAAUUCCAGAGGAGUUAGGGAACAUGGGUGAGUUGCAAUACUUGGUUCUCUCUGAGAACAAACUUUCUGGGACAAUUCCAAGAACCAUAUGUUCCAAUGCUACAAGUUUGGAGAAUUUAAUGAUGUCAGGUAGUGGAAUUCAUGGUGAGAUACCAGCUGAGUUGGGUCGGUGCCACUCACUGAAGCAACUUGAUUUGUCAAACAAUUUUCUCAAUGGGUCAAUACCUAUUGAGGUUUAUGGGUUGUUGGGGCUAACUGAUCUAUUGCUUCAAACCAACACUUUGGUUGGUUCAAUCUCUCCCUUCAUAGGGAACCUCACUAACAUGCAGACACUUGCAUUGUUUCACAACAAUUUGCAGGGUGAUCUCCCCAGAGAGGUUGGGAGGCUUGGGAAAUUGGAGAUAAUGUUUCUCUAUGAUAACAUGUUGUCAGGGAAGAUUCCUUUGGAGAUUGGUAACUGUUCAAGCUUGCAAAUGGUUGAUUUGUUUGGAAACCAUUUCAGUGGGAGAAUUCCCUUGACUAUUGGGAGGCUGAAAGAGUUGAAUUUCUUUCACCUUAGGCAGAAUGGGCUUGUGGGUGAGAUUCCUGCCACACUUGGGAACUGUCACAAGCUGAGUGUGCUUGAUUUGGCAGAUAAUAAGCUCUCAGGUAGCAUUCCUUCUACAUUUGGAUUCCUCAGGGAGUUGAAGCAGUUCAUGCUCUACAACAAUUCUCUUGAAGGUAGUCUUCCUCACCAACUUGUAAAUGUAGCAAACAUGACCAGAGUGAACCUUUCAAACAACACACUGAAUGGUAGUUUGGCUGCAUUGUGUAGCUCUAGGUCUUUUCUUUCUUUUGAUGUCACAGAUAAUGAAUUUGAUGGUGAAAUACCCUUUCUCCUGGGAAAUUCACCCUCCCUUGAGAGGCUGAGAUUAGGUAACAACAAAUUUUCUGGUGAAAUUCCAAGGACAUUGGGAAAAAUCACUAUGUUAUCGUUGUUAGAUCUCUCAAGAAAUUCACUCACAGGACCAAUACCAGAUGAGCUUUCUUUGUGUAAUAAUCUGACUCACAUUGAUUUAAACAAUAACCUUCUAUCUGGACACAUACCAUCAUGGCUUGGGAGUUUGCCUCAGUUGGGAGAGGUUAAGCUCUCCUUCAAUCAAUUUUCUGGUUCUGUUCCACUAGGCCUAUUCAAACAACCCCAGUUGCUGGUCCUUUCCUUGAAUAACAAUUCUCUUAAUGGAAGUCUCCCAGGUGAUAUUGGUGAUCUUGCAUCUCUUGGUAUCCUCAGGCUCGACCAUAAUAAUUUCUCUGGACCAAUCCCUCGCUCAAUUGGUAAAUUGAGCAAUCUUUAUGAGAUGCAGCUAUCGAGGAAUGGCUUUAGUGGUGAAAUACCAUUUGAGAUUGGAAGUCUCCAAAAUCUCCAAAUCAGUUUGGACCUCAGUUACAAUAAUCUAUCUGGUCAUAUCCCAUCUACACUCGGCAUGCUGUCAAAAUUGGAAGUACUUGAUCUUUCUCACAAUCAACUCACUGGAGAAGUGCCUUCAAUAGUGGGUGAAAUGAGGAGCUUGGGGAAGCUUGACAUUUCUUACAAUAACCUUCAAGGCGCAUUGGAUAAGCAAUUUUCCCGCUGGCCACACGAGGCGUUCGAAGGAAAUCUUCUUUGUGGAGCCUCUCUUGUAAGCUGCAACAGUGGUGGUGAUAAGCGAGCGGUCUUAAGCAACACAUCAGUGGUUAUAGUCUCUGCACUUUCAACUUUAGCUGCAAUUGCUCUACUGAUACUUGUAGUGAUCAUCUUCUUGAAAAACAAGCAAGAAUUUUUCAGGAGAGGCAGUGAAUUGAGUUUUGUGUUCUCCUCUUCAUCACGAGCACAGAAGCGGACAUUGAUCCCCCUAACUGUGCCAGGAAAGCGAGAUUUCAGGUGGGAAGAUAUCAUGGAUGCCACAAACAAUCUAAGUGAAGAGUUCAUAAUUGGUUGUGGAGGUUCUGGGACAGUGUACAGAGUUGAAUUUCCCACUGGAGAGACCGUGGCUGUCAAGAAGAUUUCGUGGAAAAAUGAUUAUCUGUUGCACAAAAGCUUUAUAAGAGAACUUAAGACUUUAGGGAGGAUCAAGCACAGGCAUCUGGUGAAAUUGUUAGGUUGUUGUAGCAAUAGAUUUAAUGGAGGAGGUUGGAAUCUGCUGAUAUAUGAGUAUAUGGAGAAUGGGAGUGUUUGGGAUUGGCUACAUGGGGAACCCCUCAAAUUAAAGAGGAGACUUGAUUGGGACACAAGGUUCAGAAUUGCUGUGACAUUAGCUCAGGGAGUGGAGUACCUCCAUCAUGAUUGUGUGCCAAAGAUCCUUCACAGGGACAUCAAAUCUAGCAACAUAUUGCUAGAUUCCAACAUGGAGUCACACUUGGGAGACUUUGGUCUAGCAAAAACACUCUUUGAGAAUCAUGAAUCUAUCACUGAGUCCAAUUCUUGUUUUGCUGGGUCUUAUGGCUACAUUGCCCCAGAGUAUGCAUAUUCAAUGAAGGCAACAGAGAAAAGUGAUAUGUACAGCAUGGGAAUUGUGCUCAUGGAACUUGUUAGUGGUAAGACACCGACAGACGCAGCUUUCAGAGCAGAGAUGAACAUGGUGAGAUGGGUGGAGAUGCACCUUGACAUGCAAAGCACUGCAGGAGAGGAAGUGAUAGAUCCUAAAAUGAAACCCCUUUUGCCUGGUGAAGAGUUUGCUGCAUUCCAGGUUCUUGAGAUAGCAAUACAGUGCACAAAAACUGCACCACAGGAGAGGCCAACGGCACGGCAAGUGUGUGAUCUUCUUCUGCAUGUGUCCAACAACAAGAAGGUGGAGUUUGAGAAGACGAAUCCGGAUCAUUACUAGUGAUUUUAGUUCCAACAGAUUGAAGAUCAAAGGAAGGCAUAUUAUAUUUACUAGUUAUUUUAAGCUUAAGAGUUGUAUGUGAAAUACUCGUUACUUUAUAUUAAUCUGCAUGUUUCCUUGCAAAACUAAUCUGAUAUUGAGAUUGUUGAAUAGAAAUGUGAUUUGAAAUUGCAAAUAUGUUCUAUUCUUAUA